AUGACGGAACAACAACAGCAACACCCAGUCGAGUCCACUUCGACAGCUCCUGUCCAAGUGGUAGUGAUUACUGACAGCGAAGUUCCUUCUUCUCAUUCACAACAACAACAACAACCUCCACAACCACAACCAAACGAUCAUGACCAUGAACAACACAUCGAUCAUCAUCAUCACUACCAACAACAACAACAACAAGAGAACAUCAUGUCUCCACUUGCUGACCUUCUUUCCCAACUCUACAUUUACAAUUGGAGUGAAUUUUCAAAAACUUUUUCUAGAUUUACUCGUUCGACAUCUUCUUCUAGGCAUAACAGCACCUUAACGAGCAGUUCGAUUUAUUCUUCAACUCAUCAACAACAAGCACAUCAACAACAACAAGAAACACAGGGUCAUCAUGGCAACAGUGGUGGUGUUGAUUCUCCUCAAGUUCCACAAAUAGCAAUCCUUACCACAUCGAGAAGUCAAAAUGGCAGCUGCCACAUUACAAUUUCGCCAUCCUCAAUGUCGGUCUCUUCUCCUCAUGCUCAACAACACCAACCACAUUCUCAUCAUUAUUUGCCAACAACCACUCCUCCUCCACUUCCUCCUCCUUCUCAUAAUCAUCAUCAGAACACCAACAACACCAACAACGGAAUUCAAUCUUCUCCUUCUUCCGUUCCGGCCGCCGACGCUUCAUCCGAUGGAAUGACUUCAAAGAUUAACCACACCACCACCAACAUGAUGAAUCUCUCCCUACUCUCUCAACACUACACUCUACUAUUGGUCAUUCGUCGCUACGUUCGUCACGGAGGUUGUGGCUUUUGUAACCGGAGAACAGUAGAAUUAUCCGAGUGGUAUAAGGGUCUCUUACAACUUCACAUCAUUCCUGUCAUCUUGCAUGCCGAAAGUGAGGAAGAAGGCAAUGAAUUCUUUGCACAUUUCAAGUCACCCAUCGUUGCAAACAUUCCACGAGUGUCAGAUCCACGUUACAAACGAGUCGUGAAAUUGUUGGAAAUGGCUGGACCGGAUGUGGCCACUCCGUUGCGAUUCGAAGAACUCUCGUUUCGAAAGAAACUGAAAACCAUUCGACCCUAUUUGAGUGCCACCAAACAAGGAUUUACUUUUGUGGAGAAUCCGAAUCAAGUGGAAUACUCGGAAGGAUCCAAUUUGUUGGUUCCAAAAAUGGUAUUGAUUCGAGAUUGUGAAAUCAAAUAUGUGUGGGAUCAAGAAAUUUAUGACCAUGCACCAGAUAUUCUGAGUACAGUCGUGUUGAAAUUGCCAUGGUUGGCCAUGACGAGUGCAGACUUGUCAUCGGUGAAUGGUGGCGGAGAUGCUUCAUCAACCUUUCGUGCAAGUUUUUCCACAACAGUUUCUGGUCAUCAUCCAACCAUGGAUCAACUUUAUGAAAUGAAAACUAAUCAAACCAAUCGAAUGCAUUCUCGAGGACAAACCAAUGCCAUUUCUCCACAACAUUUGCAAGUGCAUACCAUGUCACAGAACCAACAACACCAGGUUCAACAAAUAUCUCAUGAAAAUUCUCGAAAGAUUUCAAGUGCUUCCAAUAGUGGAGGAGGAAUUGAAGUGGACCUGAAUCAUGGUCAUACACUUUCUUCAUCGUAUCAACAUACGAGAAAUUUGUCAGAGUCCUUUACUGCCAUUUCCUCAUCGCAUCAAAAUCAAUCACAAUUUUUGAAACAACAAUCACAGCAACCACAACAUUCACGAAACGGCUCAUUGGAUCCAAAUACAGCCCUUCAUGCUUCUGGUUCUGGACAGCAUCAACCACCAUUGGAUGCGUUUGAUUUAACACGAAGAAAAAUUUCGAAUGGACAAAAUGCACUUUCUCAGUCGACUGGAAGUUUUAAUAAUAAUUAUUUAAGCAUUCAAGAUAUGAACACUACUGUCCACACACAACUACCAUCAUCAUCGGCCACAUCGAGAAAACAAUCUUCGACCAGUGGAGGAAAAAUCUCUCCAAGACAACGCCACGAUUUACAAUUCUACCUCGAUCAAAUGUCAUCUUCCAAAGUCAUUGCAGCUCAAGAUCGAACAGGAAGUGGAAAUAAUUCAAAAUCUUCAACACCUCGUGGUGGAGUUCAUUCACGACAACAUUCUCAAGUGUCAGGAGGUGUCUUGGCAGAACUCGAUGCAUUUACCAUCACAGUCGGUGACGCCACUGUUGACGAGAUGAAUGCCUUUGGAGUCGUUCAAGAAAAUGACAAAACGAAAUUAAUUCCUCCUGUGGAUUCCAAUAAGAAUGUUCAUGAUCAAGAAGAAUUGCUCAUUGAAGGAAUUGAACCACAAUUGUAUAUUCCUCCAAUGUCAGCAGUAGGAAUUCACAAUGAUUUACCUCAACCUCAACCUCAACAACAACAACCACCACAUCAUCUUGAGAAUUUGUUGAAUCGACGACACUCCCCUCGACAACAACCUUCACACACUCCCUCUCAAAGUGAAGAGAAUUAUCAGAUUCGAUCCUCACAACAUGUCGAUCCAUUACAAAAUUUCACACUCAUUCGAAGUGUACCCAUUUAUAGAAAAGUUGAAGGAGUUCUUGAUUUUGAGCUCGUUUCAAAGGAACAAUUAGCACAAGAACAACGUCAAGCUGCUCUUCAAGCCAAACAACGCAUGAAAAAACAAACCUUCAUCAUCCCUUGCAUGCAUGUAGAGGAAAGUGAAGAAGAUACAGAAAGUGAACUCUCAACUGUGAAAGUUGGAUUACAAGCCAUUCUCAAUGACGAUCACAAGAGACAAUACUUUAAGAUUUUUGCCUUAAAAGAAUUCAAUGCAGAGAAUAUCAUGUUUUGGGAAGAUGUCGUUUCGUUUAAAAAAUUGUUUAUUGAAUUGAAGGAAUUUAGUGAUGAAGUGACACAACCUGAUGACAAUCGAAAUAGAGUUUCAAAAUUAGCUGGUGUCAUUGCUGACAAGUAUCUCUUCGAUGAUUACAGUAUUUACAAUAUCAACACAUCCAAUACUUUGAAACAAAAAGUCUCCACCAUGAUUUUAAAUCCUAAUUAUUUCUAUAGUGACGACUGCAAAUUCCUCUUUGAUGACAUUAUUUUGGAAAUUAUGACAACUGUAUUGCCUGACAUGUAUCAUCGAUUCUUGGUUUCGAAUGAAUACAAAGAAAUGCUCAAAUCCUCAAAGUACUUUCAUCGAGGAAAGAAGAAAUAA